AUGGUGCAUCGUUUUGAGGCCACGCAUGUUGACACCGAGAAUGCACAGCUGUCAAAGGCGCCCAUCCAGCAGGUGUACAAGCUGGCGGGGCGCUUUGUGUCAGGCAUCGUGUUGCUGUCGGCCGUGUUUGACAAGACGCGCACGCUGACGGUUGGAUCGCCAAAACUCGCGCGCGUGCUCGUUGGUGAUGACACGUGGACGGAGGAGGACGCCCUGUGA